AUUCCCUAUUCUCACUAAAACCUAAGCUAAAUCAUCACGAGCAACAUGGUUGAGUGGACAGAUGAAGAGCGCGCGGCCGUCUCCAACAUCUUCUCCAAACUAGACUAUGACGACAUUGGCCAAAAGUCCCUGUCAAGGUGUCUGAUCGUGUACCCCUGGACCCAGAGGUAUUUCGGGGGCUUCGGCAACCUGUACAACGCAGAGGCCAUCAUGAACAACCCUCUGAUUGCUAAGCACGGCACCACGGUGCUGCACGGUCUGGACAGAGCUCUGAAGAACAUGGACGACAUCAAGAACACAUACGCCGAGCUGAGCGUUCUGCACUCCGAGAAACUGCACGUGGAUCCCGACAACUUUAAGCUGUUGUCUGACUGUCUGACCAUCGUCAUCGCUGGGAAGAUGGGCAACGCAUUCACCCCCGAAUAUCAGGCAUCCUUCCAGAAGUUCUUGUCAGUGGUGGUGUCUGCUCUGGGCAGGCAGUACCACUAGUCAGUCUCCAUAUUGCUGAUCGAGGAGACAGCCUGUAUGCUCAUGUGUUUCACUCUUCAAUGAAUAAAUAAAAUAAGCAU